GGCAGUACUACAAUAAAAAGAAUAAUAUAUAAAUAUUUUGUGUUAUUGUAUGAAAUUAUAGCUGAUAGCUCUUGAUAUAUUCACCGAGAGAGAGAGAGAAGGAGGCAAAGGUCAAAGUAAGGCAGUUGGGUAGGGGUAAUGAUUUAAGGGAAGGCAGAUCAGAAACUCGUGAUGGGAUUUUCAUUUUUUGUUUAAUUUUUGGGGUUUGAAAGUCUUUUUCUUUCGGUCUUUCGAUUUUUAUCUCUGAAAAGUGUGCAGAGAUUAUAGAGUAUAGAAACAGAACAAAGCCAACAGUAGGCAGGUAUUAUCAGUGCUCCUUAAGGAAUUUACAGCUUCGUCUGUUCCUUGUCUUGUGAUCUCUCUUUUUCCCUCUUUCUCUUUCCCUUGGUUGGUCUCUUUAUAUUUGUUUCUUGUGUUUUAUCGCUGGUUUGUGCCUAAAGACAAUUUCAACAAUCGUGAAAGAACCACGAGUUCAAAAAAAAUAAAUAGCACAAAACCCUGAAAGAUAGGUCCCUUUGUUUUAAGUUUUGUUUAGUCUUUCUUUGUUUAUUGCAAGUGAUCGUAUUUCUUUGGGGAGAAUCUUGGUGAAAGUCUGAAAGGAUAAUACCUUUGGGCAAAAAGGAGUGACUUUGGGGUACCCAUUUGAGGUUUUUUUUCUGAUAAUCUAAGAAAGAAAGAAUUUUGGAGGUUGAAAGAAAGGAGGAAAUGGGUAGUUGUGGGAGGAGUGGUACAGUGAGGCAGUAUAUAAGAUCAAAAGUGCCUCGUUUAAGAUGGACGCCUGAACUUCAUCACUGUUUUGUUAAUGCCAUCGAAAGGCUUGGUGGUCAAGACAAAGCUACGCCAAAACUUGUUCUUCAACUGAUGGAUGUGAAAGGACUCACCAUUUCACAUGUAAAAAGCCAUCUUCAGAUGUAUCGGAGCAUGAGAAGUGAUCUCGGCAGACAAGAAAGGAGCUCAACCCAUCGCAGAAGACAAUCUUUUGAGAACCAUGAUGGAUGUGUUGAUGAAGUAAAUGAUAUGGGUUUUAACUCAACUUCAAAAACCAUUGAAGAAUCAGAUUCCCAUUUGAUCUACGGUCCACUUUCUUCAAAAAGAGCUAGAAUCGACACCAGAAGAUCAAGCUCUGAUCAGAAUCUGCAAUGCAGCCAAGGAAUAUGUGAGACAGUCUCAAAUCCGUACUCUUUUGAUGAUUAUCUGCAGACCAUGGCUGUGCAUAAGGGAAUAAAGGAAAGUAAUGGUGCUUUCCUAUGGGAGCACACCCAGUCUCACUCUCAGCAGGCUCAAUCCACAACCUUCUCUCUGCCACAUGAUCUUUACAACCUCAACUCUUUAAAAUAUUCAGUGGAAGAAUCUGAUUUCCUCAAGGUUGCUGAUGUUGUUCAAGUAGAAGAUCAUCAAAAACACGCAGAGCAAGAUGAUAAACAUAUUGAACGUAAUGUAAGGAGACGCAUUGGUGGUGACGAAGAAGGCGGCGAUGGCGCCUGUGAAUUAGCAUUGUCACUCUCAUUGCCUCAUCCAACGUCCCAGAGAAGUAAUACUAAUUCAUCCACAAGCGAAAUCAGCAGUAGUGAGGCUUUCUCAUCCUACCCUAUGUCAAAUUAUCAAGACUGCUCCGGCUCUUCCCCCGCCCAACGGGGUCUAAACUUAGAUCUAUCCAUUGCUCUUUGUGGCAACUAAUGUUUUUUAUUUCCCUCCUUUCAAGCUUAUAUAAAUAAAUCUGUAUCUUGUUUCUUCUUGCUUUUUUUUUUUUUCUCUGGUUAAUCAUGUUUAGUAAGGUUUAGCUAUGGAGCUCAUCGAGGUUUUGGUUUAGAAUGUAUGACUUGGACUCACAGGAAUUUACCUAUUGGUAUAAUACUUAAACAUGAAGAACUAGUUAAAUUCAGACAUUUGAGAAAUCGGAGUGUUGAUAUUCUUUUGAUGGGUUAAAUUUCAAGUUAAAAAUUGGAAGUGAGAUUAGGUCUUGGAAAUUCAUUGAGAGAAACUGACGGUAUAUCUUUAAGAAAAUUUAUCGUAUGGAACAUG